UUCUGCCGCUGACGUAGGAGCACUUCCCGUUUUGUAACAGAGUCACUAUCUUGUGUUACCAAACACAACCCAACACGCGCAGAGCUGUAACCGUGGAAGGAAGCUGGUGCAUUCAAGGCUCACCAACAUGGCUCAUACAUGUAUUCACUGGUUCCGGAAGGGACUGAGGAUGCACGAUAACCCAGCGCUCCUGGCUGCUCUGAGGGACUGUAAGCAGCUGUACCCUGUGUUCCUCCUGGACCCUCACCUCCAUAACAACAUGUGCAUCAACCGCUGGAGGUUCCUCGUCGGAGCCCUGAAAGACCUGGACUGCAGCCUGAGGAAGCUCAACUCCAGGCUGUUUGUCGUGCGAGGCAGACCAGAGGACGUUCUUCCUAAACUGUUCGACAAGUGGAAAGUAACAAAGCUGACCUAUGAGUACGACACUGAGCCCUACAGUCUGGGCCAGGACACAGCAGUGACCGCAUUGGCCAAAGAACACGGAGUCCAAAUCAUCUACAAAAUCUCUCAUACCCUUUAUGAUAUAGAGAGGAUAAUUGAGGAAAACAAUGGGAAGGCUCCUCUUACUUAUACCCGAAUGCAGGCAAUAGUGAAAACUCUUGGUCCUCCGAAGAAACCCGUCCCUGCGCCAACCAUGGAAGACAUGGCAGAGGUGAAGACUCCUUGUUCAGAAAGCCAUGAGCAGCAGUAUGGGAUCCCUGCUCUGGAGGAGCUCUGCCCAGACGCUGCUGCUCUGGGAGAGGAGCCGUUUCCAGGAGGAGAACAGGAGGCUCUGAGGAGACUGGAUGAACAUAUGAAACGAACGAGAUGGGUGUGUGAAUUUGAGAAGCCCCAGACGUCUCCAAACUCUCUGAGCCCCAGCACCACUGUUCUCAGUCCGUACGUCACGGUCGGCUGCUUGUCCGCUCGCACCUUCUGGUGGAGGCUGGCGGACGUCUAUCAAGGGAAGAAGCACUCAGAUCCUCCAGUGUCCCUGCAUGGCCAGUUACUGUGGAGAGAGUUCUUCUACACAGCCAGUGUGGGUAUCCCAAACUUCAACAAGAUGGUGGGCAACCCUGUAUGCACUCAAAUUGACUGGGACACUAACUCCGAAUAUCUGGCUGCAUGGAGAGAGGCUCGGACUGGUUUCCCCUUCAUUGAUGCCAUCAUGACUCAGCUGAGACAGGAGGGCUGGAUCCACCACCUGGCCAGACAUGCUGUCGCUUGUUUCCUCACCAGGGGGGACCUGUGGAUCAGCUGGGAAGACGGACAGAAGGUUUUUGAAGAUCUCCUGUUGGAUGGCGACUGGGCUCUGAAUGCUGGGAACUGGCAGUGGCUCUCAGCCAGUACCUUCUUCCACCAGUACUUCAGGGUCUACUCGCCCGUCGCCUUCGGCAAGAAGACCGACAAGAAUGGAGACUACAUCAAGAAGUACCUUCCUCUUCUAAAGAAGUUCCCAGCUCAGUACAUCUAUGAGCCUUGGAAAGCUCCUCGCAGUGUCCAGCAGGCAGCAGGAUGCAUUGUGGGUAAAGACUACCCACAUCCUAUUGUACAACAUGAGGUGAUCAGCAAGAAGAACAUCCAGAGGAUGAAGUCAGCUUACGCAAAGAGAUCCUCAGACAAAACUGAUUCACCCACUAAAAAGCAAGGUGUAAAGCGCAAGGGUCCAUCUGUUGUCGACAUGAUGAAGGAAAAAGAAAAAAGAAAGAAAUCACCCUCUAGUUAAGUCUAAGUAAAUCACUGUGAGUGACUGUUGGUUACAAAUAACUGAAUACACAGGUUUUGUGUUCUUCUUGUGCUAAAGCUUGAUCUGGGUAAAGUGGUGAGUCUGAAACUUUUCUUGUUGAUGCAGGCAGCCUGUCGACUAUAUCUAACUUUUUAUUGCAUCCUACAUUGUUUCCUAUGUUAUAUUUUAAAUACGGUUCUUGUUUUUCACUUUUAUAUUGUAUAAAUUUAUUUCUGAGGAGAAUUGUUGAGUAACAUUAUGUCAGGUUAGCGUUGUACUGGAAGACUUGUUUCUUGUCUGGGGAUAAAUAUUGAUGCUGUCAUCUUGUUCGAAGGCUCCUGAUCAGUCUGGUUUACUGCUGUGUUGUUAAAUGUAUAUGAAACGCCAAAUUGCCUUAUUAUUAUACCCUUGACGUGACUACUCAGGUGUUUGCAUUAAUUCCAUAUAAAAGCAAUAUGACAAAUUUUAAUAAAACAUCAAAACAAAA